UUUGCAGAGAACAACACAGAGACCUCGCUCCCUCUGUCUCCUUCUCUCUCUCUCUCCUGUUGUUGUUUUUCAUUUAUGGGAUUUAAACCCACGGUGCAGUUUUAUUAUGCCACUUGUUUUUAGAAUGAGCAUCUUGCCAUUUCCACUCGUCUUAUUUUUUGUCAUCCACGAUGAUCUAAGCCCAGGUCUGACCCACUUUUAGCGUCCGAGACUGCCCAUGUGUUAGUGGAGAUGUUUCCCGCAGGAGAGGAGCUGCCCUCCGGGUUGUUUCCCUCCCUGGAGGGGUCCCCUGGAGGAGCUGCAGCCUCCCCAGCACUGGAGCUCAGCCUCACCACUGUCUACACUGUCCUCUACUCCGUCCUGUUCCUCUUCGUCUACCUGCAGCUCUGGCUCAUUCUGCACUACGGACACAAGCGCUUCAGCUUCCAGAGCGUGUUUCUGUUCCUGUGCCUGCUGUGGGCAGCGCUCAGGACCACCCUCUUCUCCUUCUACUUCAGAAAUGUGCUGCAGGCCAACCAGCUGCAGCCCAUGGCCUACUGGCUGCUGUACUGCUGCCCGGUCUGCCUGCAGUUCUUCACUCUCUGCCUGCUCAACCUCUACUUCACACAGGUGAUGUUUAAGGCCAAAGCCAAGUAUUCCCCAGAGCUCACCAAAUACAAGGUUCUUCUACGGUUGUUCUUCCUGUGUCUCAGUAUAUUUUUCCUGGUGGUGAAUCUAACUUGUGCACUGUUAGUGCAAGGAGCCCUGGAGCGUUCGGAAUCACCGAGUGAUGGGGGCAUCAGACAUGCAGUGUUGGCCCGAGUUCUGAUCAGCGACAGUCUGUUCGUCUUGUGUGCCGUCUCUCUGGCCGUCUGCAUCUUCAAGAUUGCCAAGAUGUCCUCUGCCAACGUUUACCUUGAAUCUAAGGGUACGUCCGUGUGCCAGGCCACCGCUGUCGGAGCCGUGGUGAUUCUCCUCUUCACCUCCAGGGCCUGUUACAACCUGGUGGUGGUGGUUCUGUCACCAGAGGACCGACCCAAUCCCUUUAACUGCGGCUGGUACAGUGGCUCUGAUCAGGCUGACAUGCAGGAGAUCAGCGGUGAAGCCUACAUUGUGUUUGGGAUCAUUUCCUUCUUCUGGGAGCUGCUACCCACCAGUUUAGUCGUGGUAUUCUUCCGAGUCCAGCGACCCAACCAAAACCUGACUGCCGGAGGGAUGAUCAACAGCCACAGUUUCGGCUCCAGAACGUAUUUCUUUGACAACCCUCGCCGGUACGACAGUGACGACGACCUGUCCAGAAGCAUCAACAGUCGGGCUGAUCGAGCCAGCCUGCUCUCCAGCACGCCCCAGCUGGGUGCGUCCAGUUGGUACGGCUCCAUCCAGUGUAACGGGGCUCUGCCGGCGGGCGCCACGUCCGCCCUGCAGCCGCCACCCUCCACCGCCCCGGUGCUCUUUGCCUACGGGAACGUCCAGAGUCACCACCACCACCACAACUACUACUCCACCCCACAGAACAACAACUACCACCACCAUCACCACAGUAACUACUACUCCACGCCACAAAAUUAUUACUGCGGGUCGCAAACAUAUUUCUGCACUCCACAGAAUUAAGAGUACAAAGGACCGACACUAACAUGUCGGUCCUUUGUGCGAGUGUCUACAUUUGCGUCACCAUUUUGCCUCCCAGACUACAUCGAAGCAGGUGCCCUUGAGUGGUACUAUGGAAGAUGCUAAGGGCCGCGUCCAGAGCACAAGAACUGGUUGUUUUAAAAAAACGUGGUGAAAUCAACAACAAGGAAGUUGUUGUGCCACGACAAACUUCUUUUUGAAGACUUCACCAUCUUUAAAAGGAAGAAAACGGAACAGAGUGGAAGCCAGCGCAGACCGGGGACCAGAGUUGUUGCUAAUGAACCUAAAACUGCAAAGACCAAACUUUUCCUGUUAAAUGUUUGUCAUGCAGGUUGUCAUUUUUGAAAGUGGAUUCAUCAGGGUCCUAAUAAUCGCUCUUAUGGUCCAAUUUCACAUUCCUCUUAAAUUGUAUUCAGUUGCGCUUCUAUGGGCGGUACAAGUGGGCUUAUUGAGUUGAGACAAACAUGAUGCGGCCAUAUGUAGCAUUUAAGUGGUCAUAUCGGCUGGACAACCACAGAGAGGGAUGCUCGCCCCAGCGUGAUCCUCAAUCCUGAUGAUCUGACAAUGAUAUGCAUCUAUAGAUUUCAUGGUGUUUCUCACUUUUACGUCUGAAUACAUUACAGAAAGUAGCUUUUGCCAUUUUACCACUGGUUGCUGUUUCGUUGAGGAUUAGCCGGCUUCUAUCAGACGCUAGAUCUUUGAAUAUAGGGAGAAUUUCUACUCUAACUAGAUCUAAUAGACCCAUCAAUCACACACACGCUAAUAUUAUCUUUUUAGUUGCAGAUUUUUUGCGUUUUCAUACUGUGAACGUUAAUGUGGCUGCCACAUAAAUAGAAAGUUCUACAAGACUUGCAUAGUUUCAUGUGUAAGUAUAAGUAUUUUUCGCAGUAUUCGUAACUGAUAUUACAAUCCUGGUCAGUUUAUGUCAGUGGUAAAUAAACAAUAGAACAUGUCCCUGCCAUGUGGGAGUUACCGUCACUCUCCAUAGAACAGUCCCGGUCAAACGUGCCGGCGCUGUCCAGGGUUCUUAACCCACAAUCACACAAUGGAAACUAUAUUAAAAGAGAAGUCACAGUACAUUAUAGGUGACAAAUGACAGAAGAAUGAUCAAUAUACUAAGGAUUAAAGUUGCAAUAUGUGAUACUCAACGCUGGACAAUAUAUUUGACCAAAAACUGGAAGGAAUCAGCUCCUGUUUGUGAGCGGUGAGCUAUUUGCACUUAGAAAUUCACCUUCAGAUUAAAAAAGGCUUUGGGGAGUGAAUGUAGGAUUUCCCCUCUUUGUGUGUUUCCUUCAACCCGUUACUGCUCAUCCUUUAAAAAGAAGGAUCAAUGUGCCAUCGCCUUUUCAUAUCUAAGACUUUCAUUCCUUAAGGAAACUAUUUUUGCACAGAAAAAGGUGGGAUGGGGUGGGAUGUUUUUAAUCGAUAAUGUCGAAUCCAUUUCUAAUCCAAGCAGGUUAAGUUUUGAGUCGGUAUGUUUUUGAUCUCACAUUUUUGUUCUUGUGUAGUUUGCUUUUUUUAAUGUGAUUUGUGUAUUUUACAGAUUUUAUAGUCUCUUCCACUUUCCCUCUCUCCUAUCAUUAUUCAUAACCUCACAUUUUCUGAAUCUAAUGAUAGACUGUGGUCUUUUUUCACGUUAAUAGAAUUGUUUUUUGUGAAUGUCCCAGUUCUCAAAAUGAAAUGACUGGAUUUGACUUGUCAGGACUGAGGAGUGUUUCUGAACGCUAUCGUACGUCUCAGACAUUUGUCAUCAACUCAAUCUGUAAAUGACCAUGUAACCUUUGACCUAGAGGUUCAGUGUGUAGGAGCUGGUGGCAUCUCGAGAACUAAGACAGAAUAUUACGACUUUGAAAUAUUACAAGAAUAAAGUUGUAAUUUUCAUAAAACUUAAUUCUGAAGUCACGAAAACACUAUUCUUAGUUUUAGGUGACUUUACAGAAAAUAAAAUAUAAUGGUUAAAUAUUUGAUCCUGCCAGAGAUCCGACCUCACCCCACACACUGCUCCUUUACUGUUCACUAUCUAAACGCCUGGUUCUGUUUCUCAGAACAAAUUAGCGGUGACGUCAUUUGAAGAAAAUUGCUGUUUGUGUAAAGCGUUGCAUGUAUCAACAGGUUUCACUGGGCACUUUAAAACACAGUGAACGUCUGCGUCCAGCUGUUCUAACAUCUGUUAACACCUGCAGUGCAUGCGUCUGUACCAGAGCGCAAGAACUCAGUGUCAUAUCUUUAUCUUAAUAUAUCUUUCCAAAGUGAUUUCCAUUGACGAUUGUUUUAUGAGCUGUUUUAUCCGCGGCCAAACUGAAUGUAAUCUAGUGUGUGACAGAUCAAUAACGAUGUGUAUGCAAGAAAAGAAGCACUACCAUGUUGAAUAAAGACCCACUGCACUGUUUUGAGAUGGAAAGGAAGCGGUCACUGUUCAUGGAGGACGUUAAUUCACUGGGACUGAUGGACAGGGUGUGAUCAGCGUUCACACGGAUGAAUGUCCUGAUUGUUGGGUCGGACCGGUUCGGACUUUUCCGAAAAGAGAGUCGCUGGCCAACUACCCAGAGCAACAUGGCCGAGGUGGGUUGCUGCAGUUUCCAGGACAGAAACAAUGUCCAGGAUGUGAUUUGUGAAAAUGUAAUCCUUCAUUAAAAGUAGAUUUAUUUACCUA